AUGUCGGAAAGGGCCGAUGAUGACGUCAGGGGGGAGCAGCGCAGAGCGGCCAGGCAGCUGAAGCUGCAACAGCAGCAGAUCCAGCGGGGAGAAAGCUCCACAGCAAUGGCGACUGUUGCGGAGCGCAGAUCCCUACCUAGUCCAGAAAUAAUGUUGGGACAGCCUUGGAGCAACUGGGUCGAUGCUGCCAAACUACACGGCAACGACGGUGCUGAAUCGGAGGAAAGUUUUAAAGAGUUCGGGAAAAAUCGAGAAGCCAUGCGGUUGUGCAGAGACGACAUGCCCAUAUUUGGCCUGUGUCCUGCUCAGGAUGACUUCUACCUGGUCAUGUGCAGCCAUUGCAGUCAGGUGGUGAAACCACAGGCCUUCCAAGCACAUUACGAGAGAAGACACAGCUCGGCCAGCAAGCCUCCCUCAACCUUAGCCCAGUCCUCUGCCUUCUCCCUGUCAGCCCUGCCCAGGAACAGAGCCAGCGGGGCAGGGGCAGGGAGCGGGCCGGGGGCUGGGGCGGGGGCUGGGGGGGUUCUGGGCCGUACCUCCUCCAGCGGGACCAGUGUCUCCACCUCCAACUCCAAACUCCUCAAACCAGCCAAAGACAAGCUGCCAGGCAUCCAGCGCAGGCCCCACUUCCCCCCAUUCCGGGUGCUGCCUGAUAAAAUCCCUGCAGUCAAGGUGGAGAAGAUGCAUCUGAAAGUGGACUCGUCGGCCAAGCUUGUACAGGCCCCUCUGGCCCCGCCCUCCUCCUUCACCUCCUCCUCCUCCAGCACCACUGUGAGCGCCUCCUCCUCGCCCAUCAAGCCAGGCCUUAACUGCUCCUCCAUACCAAAGGCUCCCCAGCUGACCCCUAGCCAGAUCCCCAACGGCAAGGGCCACCUCUCCCUGUCAGUGCCCAGUCUGGACAAGAAGCAGGACAACAGUGCCAGUAGCAGACGUCACCUCUACAAGAGACUGUCAGAACGGGAGUUCAAUCCAGACAUCCACUGUGGGGUUCUGGAUAUGACUGCUCGGAAGCCAUGCACAAGAUCUCUAACAUGCAAGACACAUUCCUUAAGCCAGCGGAGGGCAGUGUUGGGCCGGAGGAAGCGCUUUGACACGCUACUGGCCGAGCACAAGAGCAAAGCCAGAGAGCGGGAACUUCAGCACCCUCAGCCCCAGCAGACCCCCCCUCUCAGGGAGCCCCACCCCUCCCCCUCCCGCCUCGCUGCCCACGACACCCACCAAGUGGCCCACGGCAACGGUGCCAGCGACGCCACCAAGCCUCUCCCGCUCGGCAAACCCAAACCUCACAAUCCUGGUCUUCCACGACUGAACAGCAGCAUCUCUCACGGAGGGGGGGGGGGCCCGGGGGAUCCCCCUCUGUUCCACGAGUCACCCCACCACCCUGCCCCGGCCACCGACGGGGUGUCGCGGCCCUCCAGUGAUGAGGGGGAGAAUGAGGAGAGGGAGGAGGGAUCGGACAGACUGGACUGUCACUAUUCAGGUUAUCACCCUCGGCCGGCCUCUUAUUGCUCCUUUGGAAGCCACCUGUUUGGGAGAAGCUGUUACUCCUUCGACCGGCGCUGGGACCGCGUGCGAUGUGCGCUCACAGCCAUGAUGGACAAGCAUGUCAACUCUCAGAUGUGGAAGAAAAUCCCUUUGGCCUUGGAGAACUCCUCCUCCUUCUCCUCGUCUGUGCCGGCCCACAGGACAAGCACAAACUCCCAUGGUAGCAUCCCUCCCUCAGGCUUCCUCAGCCCUCCCGCCGCCCCCCCGCCCCCUUCCUACGCCCAGUCCUACGACGGCAAGUUGGCGCUCUCGUACGGGACCACCUUAAACGCCCGUGCUUCCCCGCAAGGCGGUAGCGAGCACCCGGCCUACGGCAGCGUGCAGGCCAGACAAGUGUCUUCGUCGCCGCAGAUGCCUUCAGCCCACUCCUCCUCUGUCCCGCCGGGCCGGGCGCUGAAGUCGCGCUCGGGCAGCAAGUCGUCUUUCAGGCCCAGGGAGUCCUCCUCGGCCUCCUCCACACCUGCCAUAUCGAACUCCACCAGCGGGGGCAGCGCUGGGGCCAACAGCAGCGCUGGCUUCAGCUCGGGGAAGAAGAGGAAGAACAGCUCCCUCCUCAGUUCAUCUCACGCCCCGUACAACCAAGACUCGUCCUCCAACGCCGCCUCGUCCUUCAAGAAGAACUGUGCAAACACCACCACGGGAAGCUCAGGUAGCACCUACCACCACGCCUCGCUCGCACCCCCCCCCUCCUCCUCGUCUCACAGCGGCGUCCACAGCGUGGGGCUGAACUGCGGGCCCACCGUGCGGACCAACUCCCUCAGCCUGAAGGCCGAGCCCUCGGGGGGGUCGGCGGGGGCGUCUGGACCCUCUGCGCGGGGACCCCCCUCCGGCAGCCCGGCCGAGUCCAUCAAGAGGAUGAGCGUGGUCAUGAACAGCAGCGACUCCACCCUCUCGUUGGGGCCCUUCGUCCACCACCAAUCAGAUCACCACACGGCCUUCAGCCACGCCCACCACACGGAUGGACGCCUUGAGGGAAAGAAGCGUAAGGGGUCUCCUGCGACCAGCUCCCUCAACAGUGGAGGGGGAGGAGCGGGGGGCCUGGGGGGAGGAGUCAGUGGGGCGGGGCCAGGAAGGCCCAAGGUGGCCAAGUCCCCCGCCAUCAACAACAUCCACGGCAAACAUGGCCGCACAAUCCCAGGAGCCCCAGGGCUGCCCAACAACUCGCAUCAGCCUAAGGCCCGUCCCUGACAGCGGUGGCUGGGUUCUCUGUAUGGAACCUCGGGCUGAGGCCAGGACAGGGGCUGAGGCCGGGGCUGAGGCCGGGGCUGAGGCCGGGGCUGAGGCCGGGGCUGAGGCCGGGGCCAGGGAGCAGCAGCAGGCGGAGACUGUACGAGGCCUUCUAAAUCUGCGUUACUCUCAGCUUCCCAUGAUCCUCAGGGUGGAGAUGAUCUGGACAGCCCAGUGACGUCAUCGUGGAACAUUUUCUCCCAAAGCCAUGUGAGGGUGCUAUGAGGGGCGUUGGGGCAGUGUAGCCCCCUGUCAGUGUUGUAGUGUGACACCUUCCUGUGGGGGGGAGGAAGGAGAAGUCGGCCCUCAGACCUCAAGCCUGCGUUCCGGGGUUUCAGGAAGAAGGGCUGGCACAAGAACGACUGGGAGUGACUGGAGAUCCAACACACCAAUCUCUUCCGUUUGUGUGUGUGUGUGUGUGUGUGUGUGUGUGUGUGUGUGUGUGUGUGUGUGUGUGUGUGUGUGUGUGUGUGUGUGUGUGUGUGUGUGUGUGUGUGUGUACGCAAGUGCGUGUGAUGUCAGAUUCUGCUGGACUACUGGAAAUUAUAACUAACACCCCCAGCGCCUGAUCUCAGAGGCCUUGGACGGAGAGGGCAGGAGGAGGAGAAACUGUCAGUUGCAACACUUCAAAUACAAUCACGGUUAUUCCUUUCUAUUAGUCUGAAUCAUGGCGACAUGUGAAUACUUAACCUGAGGUUAUGUAGAGUAGCCAGAAGCAGAUCCAGUCAUUGGUCUGUGACACAAAUAAUUAUGCAAGUGUUACCUUUUUCUGUUUGAUAUUAGCAUUUUUUUUUGUUGCUAAAAUUGAACUACAAAAAUUCUUUGUAGAAAUAAGGAAGCCAGUCCAUUGUGUGUAGAAAUGGGGCAGACAGACAGUUUUGCAUGCAAAUGUGGAAAAGGAUGUUGAAUCUUGACAUUUAUUUCUUUUAACUUUAGUCAAAGAGGAAUAUCUAGUUUUUAAGGAUAUGUCUUUUCCUGAAACUUUUCAUUUCUGAAGAGCCACAACAGUCCUACUCCCAACUGUGAACAGCACUAAAACCCACUACUUAGUUUGAAGAAGUUUAACCAAGUUGUGCUUACUUGCCCCUUAUGUUAGCCAAAGGCAGCCAUCCAUUUCAGUGACUUUAGUGUGUAACCACUAACAAGGUGCCCUACCACAUGAUAUCUAAUGACACUACAUUGUCUGGUUGCGUUCAGUUUUUGUCUGACGGCCAUUGACCGGGCUUCUGGUCUGUAGAACGGGAUGUGACAUCACACCAGUCAUUGCUGUCCGGGUUUUGACGCCUCUUCACAGUUGUGUGAUUGUUGAGUGUAUGGGGUUGAGUCUUGUUAGGUCAGACAGCCAGACAGAUUUCUGUCUUAAUCUGGUCACACAUGCACCCUGUCUUUCUGAGCUGGUCUUUCCUGGAGGCAAGUGGUGUUUUGGUGCGAGAUUCAUGGAGAUGGCUUCAGAUUGGGUUACUAACUGAUAGUAUCUCUAGUCAAUUUCUAUUACGCCACUGAUGUCAGACAGAAAAACACAGCAGAGACAAGUGUUUUAUAUCUUACUUUAGACUUUUUCUUAUGUAUUGAACAAAUACUGAAGUAUCCCUAUUUGAGAAUACAUAUUUUUUAUUCGAAUUGUACAUAUUGGAAUAUGUAUUUUUGCACAGGAAUUUUCUUACACACAAUUUUUGGUACAAUUAAGAUCCUUAUUAUUUAUUUAGUAAAUUAGGUGACAAGUUUAAAAACUUGUUUAUUUGAAGUGGUUCACUGCCAAGUCUGUAAUGCAAUACAUCUCUUAACUAGAGUUUGAAGCAUCUCAUGAAUCAUGUACUGAGCUCCUGUAUAAAGGUGAAGGUGUUGUCUCUGUGGCAUCAUAGUUUGACAGAAGACAUUAUUUACAUUUUUCAAGGUCUCACCUGUGCUUUUACUAUUAAGUUGCCUCUGUAUCAAAAACACUAUUUUUUUUUAUGUGACCCACAUAGCCUGUUAUGCCCAAGAGGCUAAAGCGUGGUUGUUCUCUAACCAAUUUCCAUGGAGUCGGUCAUUCACUUUGUUGAAGACGAUUUAAAACAUUUCACAAUUGAAACACUUAUUUUCCUUGAAGGCUGAAGGGACUAAAAGCAAUCACUAAAGAAAGGAAGAUGGAACACUUCAAACAGUGUGACCUUGCCUCAUUGUUGCCAAACAUUGUAAUUUGAAUCACAGCUUUUUAAAGAAAUUCUUAGUUUGCCGCUUUUAGAAAAUAAUAAAAUAAGUGCCUGAAUUUGUUUCUCACUGACUGUUUAAGGACAGCUUUGUCGUUUUUAAGUUUUACCUUACUUGAAUGUUCAAAGUGUUUUAGGAGCUUGCUUUUAAAAUCUGCCUAUGAACUCUAAAUGUGGUCAAACCUGUCAGCUAGCUGGUAAGCAACAGUGUUAUUUUUUUUUUUUUAUCAAAGUUUUCCAUGAUGAGAGAAGUCUGGAUUUCUAGGCAGACUUGAGCUUGCUGACUUUCCUAAGUCUACUAUAAUUUGUUGGUCACAGGUUUAGUUUUGUUUACCCUUGAACUCCACUGACAACUCUUGACCUUGUUUUCAUGUGAUGGAAACGUUGCAAAGAUUUUUUUAUAUAUAUUAUCCAUCAAGCACCAUAUACUUGGAAUGUGAAAGUGAGAGAACACAACUUGCUUGUGGGAGGAAAUUCCCAAGUAUAUACUCUUAUGUAAAAGCGUGUAUAGAUGAUUUUCCUUUUUUGUAUACAUUAUCAAAAUAAUUUGAUCAGCUGGACUUCUGUGUAUUGGCUGCUACGUAAUUCAUGAACAAAACAUGUUAGGUUAGAUUUACUUAAUAUUUAAAGAAAAAGAUUGUAUAGUCUAUUUGUUUUGUAACAGGUUUCUGUAAAUAAAAAUAAUUUAUACUGCUAUUUAUAUGAAA